AUGUUUAUAUCUUUGCUUGUGCUUUGCAGCUUUACCUUUCGCUCAUUUCCUGGACUUACCUGGUCUCUGGCUUUGCUUUAUCUCUGUGUGUCUCUGCUCUUCAUGGUCGUAAGGCAGUCCCGAGAUGGUCCACGUUUCUGGUUCCACGCAGGCAGCCUUUGCUUCAUAGCAACGGUUCUCGCCUGUGCCUGUGGCCUCUGGAACUACAGCAGGAACAUCUACAAAUACUGGGCCUAUGAGGGCCAAAGUUCCUAUAGCGACCUGGCAGCGAGUGAUCGUGCCACCUCCUUCUUAGAUGCCGGGAAGCUGGCAUUUCGUGAUGAUGUCAUCGUGGACUUUGAACAUGCAACCGGAUAUCGCGAAGGCACAGAGCUGCUGUGUGUUGCACCUUUGGUGAGCAAGGCGGCGACACAAGGUACGGUGGAGUUUUGGGCCGCCGGACGACGUUGCUGCGAGGAUGGCGACUUCAACUGUGGUGAUGCGAAGCGAGGUGCCAAAGCUGGCCUCGUCUUCUUGGAGGACGCGCUGUUCUCCGACAAUGGAGUGGAGCUUUUCAGAGCAGCAGCAAAGGCUGCAGAGGCACAACAUGGGCUGCGGGGAUCUGACGAUGCCCUCUUCGUCUUUCUCACAGCUUCGUGCAGCAUGCCCAAUUCCAAGUUCCAGCGGAAGUAUUCGCAGAGCGCCGAAGAGUAUGACUUCUUCAUCCUCAGCACCAGAGCUGCGCAGGCGGAAAACGGCCGCUUUUGGAAUAUGCUCAUCACCCUACCAGUGGGGCGCUUCGCAGGUUGCGGAUAUGUCCUGACCAUCAGCGUUUUUGCCAGCACCUCUGCCAUGCAUGGUCGGCCAUCCGACGGGUGUCCCGUUCUGGCCGAGGUGGUCAGCUUGGGCCUGACAGCCGUGAGGCGCGCCACGUCGUCGCCACAUCACGGCAUCGUCUUCCGAGACCUCGCAGGCCGAGAGGCUCCAGCUCGGGAGGUGGAAGCUGCAAAGGACCACAACGUGAAGCACUUGGGAAGACAUGGACGGUCAACAACUGUGCAGAAGGUGGAACUGCCGGCAGUUCACUCGGAGGUGUCUGAGGAUGGAGCUUUAGCAUUUGUCCACUUCAAGCAUCGUGGCCGCCACCAUGUUUACAAUUUGUCCGCCUUCAGUGUUUACAGCCGAGAUGCUUUGGCAUUGGUCCAAACCGCGAAUGGAACAGAACUCCUGAAGACACGACCCCGAGCGCACCAGCUCCAGCUCCUCACGAUCAGGGCCAGCGAGGAGGAGACGGGCUUCCCUGUCGAGGAAAGCAUGGCAUCGGUGGACCCAGAGAAUUGGGGUGGAUAUCCGUGGUUUCCAGGAGACCAGAAAAUGCAUGAAUUUGUCCUUGGCACUGUGGCCGAAGCUCGGAUGACCAUUGGGGUCUUUGGACAGUUGCUGCUUUACAGGUCCUUUGGCAGUGGUGCAGGAGUGGUGGCAGAAGCCUCCUUUGUCUACGAGAAGCAGCCCGUGUCUGAGAUCAUCUCACAUCCCUUGGAAAGCGCGCGUGGUUUUGCGUCGCUUGAUCAGUUGAAAGGCGAUGCCAGGGCCCAUCCCUUCACAGGAUGCUUGGCUGAAUCAGAGACCAGGAACCCGCCCUAUGAACAAGACUAUGAAGACCCAGAAGAAUUCGACCAAGAUGCCAAGACUGUGGACUCUCCACCAGCCAUGGCAUCAGAGCCACAGGCACGAGAGGCGCCGGAUGCCAUCCCAGUCCCACCAUCAGAAUGCGACUAUGAGCAAACCGAGCCAGAGGGAGUACUGGAGCUUUUCACUGGCUGCGGCAAUGGCUAUGGCACCGUGGGUAUCGCUUGGCGGGGUAUCAUGGACUAUGGAGAUGGCAAAUUGGGUGGCGUUUAUCAGUUCAACACCAGAUACAGGAGGCAAGAGAUGUGCCAGCAGAUGAAUUCUGACUGUGCACACUACUGCACGGUGAGCAGGUUUUGCCAAGGGAUCGAGUUUCACAGCCACGGUCGCUGUGAGGUUUGGACACGGCCUGGAGGUAUUCAAGCCAGUGUGCCGCAUCAAGGAUAUCAGUGUUAUCGCUACCGGGAGGCGAUGGAGGUCGCGCCGGUGGAACUGAUUAACUUUGAGCCUGUGAAUGGAGGUAAAGACCAAGCAUGUCGUGGAAAGGCAUCCUCAGACAAUCUGAAAGCCUACUUCGACGUUGCAAAUGCCCAAGACCUUCAGGAUUGCGCGAGCAAAUGUGAGAUGCAUGGUGCCUGUCGGGGCAUCGAGUAUCAUCCUUCAGGACGCUGCGAAAUCUGGACGCGGCCAGGUGCGGGACCUCGGGGUGAGGUGAAAACGGCGCGCUGGCAGACGCUCUUGCUAGUGCGUCUACAGUGGCACCGGAGCCUAUCUCGAUCUGGGCAUUGCACUCCGCCGUUGCUUGCUUUGCUUCGCCUCGCUUUUGCCUCUUUUCUCCUCGUCUUCGUGGCCUUCAAGCUAAGCUUCUGGGCUGCUCCACACGACCUCGAGCCAGACGCUCUGGACUUCGUGGUCGGCAUAGUGAUGCCGGAGGAGGAGUUAGGCUGGAUGUUGAAAGAACGUUUGGGACUGGAUGCAAUCAGGAAGCAGUUGCUGGAGACAGCAUUGGCAGGUCGGGAGAACUAUGAUGUGGUCGAAUCAGAAUGCCUUCGUCUGUUUCGAGAUUUGCACUCCUCCGACCCUUUGAACAAAAGCCGACCUUUUGACAAGGCACCACUACUCCAGCGUUUCCUACAGUCUCAUGACAGACACAGCUCCUCUUCGUCCUACAGGCCUUCGACUACAGCCAGCUCGACGGCUCCCUCUUCUCGCUCCUUCCGGACUCAGAGCUCUGGUUCCAGCCGGCCACCUUUCAAGCGUUUUGGCCAGCAGCCUCAACCUCGACAAGCCUUGAUUGCCGAGGCCCCUGAAGAGGAAGGCCAGAUGGAGGCGGAAGAUGAAGAGCUGAUUCCAGACGAUGAUGGUCAGGGUUACUCUCCUGAGAACCUGACGAUCGAAGAAGUCCUCCAGACCGAAGCUGAGCUUCUUGCCCAAGAGCUGCAGGAGCUCGAGACUGAAGGUUGCGACCCUCGAGUGCUUGAAGAUUUGGAGAGCGGCAUGGAACAGGCCGCAGAGAGUCUGUUGACAAUGCGUGAAGCACGCACCAAAAUAGCUGAGGUCAAGAAAGACCGUGGAUAUGGAAAGCCUGGCCAACCGGUCCGUGUCACCGAGACCCUGAACACUGAACGUGUGGCUCCUGAAGAACCUGAUGACAUGGGCCACGAGGAUCUGUGGAUCGUAAUGGAAGCGGCCCAGCACUUCGACCUGACCGAGGACGACUACACGAAGGUGGUGCUGCGCUGGCGGCGAAUGCUUCUCCGCCUUCGCGUAAAGGCCGCUUGGCACGCACAUGGCUUGCUCUUAUGGCUGUUGCCUCGUCCGCAGCUGCGGUACGCGCCCUUUCCGUACCCCAGCAUCAGCCAUACCAGACAUUGGCAAGAACAAGCCGAAUCUAUGACCCUCCAGAAGCCAAAGGCAUUGAUGGUCAAGCACUGGCAGCGAGCUCGAACCCAAGAACCGUCAGUGUACACGACCAAGAACCUCCUGGACUUGGGACAAUUCAGGAACCGUGCUGGCCUCAACUUCGCCUUCAUGGAGGACAACAUGUUGCAAGGAAUGCUUGCGGCACGCGCCAGCAAAGGCCUGACGGCCCAAUUGAAGCGGGAUGCCAUUCAGGAAGCCCAACUCGAAGCCGAGGCCGCUACCAAGCGUGGAGAGAAGCACGACAUGGUGCGCUCCCUCAUCGGCCCAAAGGGAGGCCUGCCAACGUUGAAGGCAGACCUGGUGAAACUGGCUUCACUCCUGAACAUCCCCGUCCAGACUGGAAUGACUGUGGAAGAUCUCAAGAAAGCUUGCCGCCCCUUGGUUGCCGAGAUCGCUCAAAAGCCAACUCCCUCGAAGGCAAGUGGAUCUACCAGUUCAACGGAAAGACAUGUCCCCGAGACGUCAAUGGCGAGACCUUCUCAAGCGCCCGAGACAAUUGGCGCAAAGGCCAAGGCAUCUCCUGGAGUGACCGCUCAAGAGCUACAGGAAGUCCUCACCAUGCAGGACCACAAGUUCCAAGGGAUGCUGAACCAAGUGCUCCAGAGCAUUUCGACCCUGCACCAAGCAUCGCACCUGCCAGGACCUAUGACUUCCGGUCCGAUGGAAACCGAAGCAACCAUGGACUUCGGCUGGACCCAAGACGAGAUUCAACAGAUGAACCGCGACUACUACCAGGACGACUUGGAGUGGCGCCAGGCCAAUGGAAUUCCUCCUCGCGACCAGUGA